AGCUAAUCCACAGAAGUUGUCUGAGUUGGCUUCAGGUGUGGCAUAUGACAGAAUGGAUAGCAGAUAAGAAAAGAAAGGGGGUUGUCCCCCGGUGAAGACCAUCUUAAACCUGAGAUCAGUUCCAACCUUGCUAACUGGAUUUAUGCCUACAAUCAGAUAAGAAAAGAUGAAAUAUGAAGCCAUAGAAGAAGAUACAAAAGAAGUCCCAUUGUAGAAAAAAAUAACAAAAAGAAGAACUGAAGAAAUGAUCAAGCUUCCUCAGAAAACCGAGGUCAUUUCAGGACUCUACAUGUGUCUAGACUAGUCUAUGUGAUGCUCUUGUAAGGCACUGGAGCUCUUUGCAAAUGUGCCUGUCCCUUUAAAGACAGGAAAAGCUGCUUCUCACACUCUGCCUCUGUGGGUGAACACAAGGUGCGGAGAUUGAGCUGCUUGAUGCCAGAUCAAGGGAAAGUACAGCCGGAGUGCAGUGGAAGAAGGCAAAAGAGGAAACCUGCUGGAACAAGAGCUUUCAUGGUAAUGAAAUAGCAAUCCGGGAAAUUGUUAUACCUUCAAAAUGUCAUUCCACGUGGAGGGCCUGGUAGCUAUCAUUUUGUUUUACUUGGCCAUCCUGUUGGUUGGAAUAUGGGCUGCUUGGAAAACCAGAAACAGCGGCAGUGAAGUAGAUCGUAGUGAAGCUAUUAUAGUAGGAGGAAGAGAUAUUGGCAUGCUGGUGGGUGCGUUUACCAUGACCGCCACCUGGGUUGGAGGAGGUUAUAUAAAUGGAACGGCUGAGGCUGUAUAUGUACCAGGCUUCGGACUGGCCUGGGCCCAGGCACCCAUUGGAUAUUCUCUCAGUCUGGUUGUUGGUGGCUUGUUUUUUGCAAAGCCCAUGCGUUCCAAAGGCUAUGUAACCAUGUUGGACCCCUUUCAGCAGAUUUAUGGGAAAAGGAUGGGAGGGCUUAUCUUCAUACCUGCCGUGAUGGGAGAAAUGUUCUGGGCUGCUGCCAUCUUCUCUGCAUUAGGUGCCACUAUAAGUGUGAUCAUUGAUAUCAAUAUGAAUAUUUCGGUUGUUAUUUCUGCCCUUAUUGCAGUUCUGUACACAUUGGUGGGGGGGCUUUACUCAGUUGCCUAUACUGAUGUUGUCCAGCUGUUCUGCAUUUUCUUGGGACUGUGGAUUAGUGUUCCAUUUGCCAUGUCCCAUCCUGCUGUGACAGAUAUUGGCUACACAGCUGUACAUGAAGUGUUUCAGGAACCUUGGCUUGGAACCAUUAAAACACCUGACAUCUUCAUAUGGGUUGACAAUUUCUUGUUACUGAUGCUAGGAGGAAUCCCUUGGCAAGCGUAUUUCCAGCGAGUUCUUUCUUCUUCAUCUGCUACAUAUGCUCAAGUGUUAUCCCUCCUCGCAGCGUUUGGAUGCCUUGUGAUGGCAUUACCUGCAAUACUCAUUGGUGCAAUAGGGGCAUCAACAGCUUGGAACCAGACUGCAUACGAUGGUCCAGAUCCUAAGAUAAAUAAUGAAGCUGACAUGAUUUUACCUAUUGUCCUUCAGUAUCUUUGCCCAGUGUAUAUCUCCUUCUUUGGCCUUGGUGCAGUGUCUGCUGCUGUAAUGUCCUCUGCCGACUCUUCCAUCUUAUCGGCAAGCUCCAUGUUUGCACGAAACAUUUACCAACUUUCCUUUCGACAAAGUGCAUCAGACAAAGAACUUGUUUGGGUCAUGAGAAUUACCAUUUUCAUGUUUGGCGCAAUGGCAACAAUGAUGGCUCUGCUAACUCAAUCUGUUUAUGGACUCUGGUACCUCAGCUCUGACCUUGUGUAUAUCGUCAUCUUUCCUCAGCUUCUGUGUGUCCUCUUUAUCAAAGGAACCAACACUUAUGGUGCCAUUAUGGGAUAUUUGCUUGGCCUUCUACUCCGAAUUACUGGAGGAGAACCAUAUCUGCACUUGAAACCCUUGAUUUUCUAUCCUGGUUGGUAUAAAGAUGAGGACCGAUACAUUCAGAGAUUCCCUUUUAAGACAGUAGCCAUGCUUACUUCCUUCUUCACUAACAUUGGAGUAUCCUAUCUAGCAAAAUACUUGUUUGAAAGUGGCACUUUGCCGCCAAAGUUAGACUUCCUUGAUGCUGUGGUUGCAAAGUAUAGCAAAGAGAACAUGGACAAGACAACUCUUGUGAAAAGUGACAAUAUUGUUCUCAGUGAGCUCACACCUGUAAACCCACGACACAGUUUGACUCUGAGCUCCACCUUCACUAAUAAAGAGGCCUUCAGUGAUAUUGAUUCGAGCCCAGAAGAACCCAUUAAAGAAAUUAAGUGACAGCGACCGAACUGAAGAGAAGUACUGCUUCCAUAUCCCUCACAAUACAACAGGGUAUGCCACAAAGGGAGAUCAGAGGCAUUUAAGUUGAAGGGGAAAUGGAUGAGGGAGCAAACAAGAUAGUCUACAGUAAAUUCUAGGAGCAGAAAUAUUCUGUAGAAUAAACCAUUGCAUAUAUUAUAAAAUCUGUUGGCUAGAAUGAUAGAAUAUAUCACUCUUCUUGCAUUUGGAGGAAACAAUACUAUUUAUUGGGAAGAUGAGAGGGUGGUCACUUUUGCAUUUUCCAAAAAACACAUUGCCAGAAGAGAGAGGACAAAAAGGGCAAGACUUCCAUAAAAUUGUCAUACUUAAAGUAAUUACUUCUACCAAAAUCUUGUUAGUGUCUUAUGCAUGAAUGAGUUUCCCUACAGAUGUUGUUGGAUCUUUUUGUGCAAUGCAGAAUGUCUGGAUUCAGAAUUGUGUAUCAGGUACCCUUUUGCAUGCAGAUGUGCAGGUCAAUGUUGAUGUAUUCUGUGGCAAAUUGGGAUUGCACAGUUUUUGCCAUUUGACACAAGGGUGCCUAGCACAAACAAUGGGGAACUCCACAUGCAGAAGAUUACAUCUCACAAUCCCAAAGUAGGCUCUCAGCCUAUAAUUUAGAAAUACUCACUGAACCAUGGAUUCUUAGUAUCCACUAGGAAUUAGUUCCAGAACCUCCUCAUGGAUACCAGUAUCUGUGGAUGUUCAAGACCAAUAAUUUAUAACACUUUGGUAAAAUUGUGUCCCUUAUAUAAAAGGGCAAAAUCGGGUUUUGCUUUUGUGGAAUUUUUGUGGAUGGGGAUAUUUUCUGUGGCUAUAGAGGGAAACCUGCAAUUUAAAUAGAUGGGCAUCUCACUAUAGCAGUGGAGGCUAUGACCAGAUAACCUGUUCAAUGCUCAGCCAAUCCUUCAGAUGCUGAUGGAUAAUAGAUAAAAUGCCCUAGUUAUCCUCCUCCUUCCUCAAUCCCUUUUUGUCCUCAGCUUAGUUGCUGAAAACUAAAUUCAAAGUUCAAAAGUAGUUUGCAUAAUGUUAAUCCAGCAGGAGAGAGAGGAGAGGGGGUCUUGGCCUUCUCAGAAGGCAAAAGAAAACUAAAUCUUCUCCUAACAUGUUUGUUCUUCUCCAUUAAUGUUUGCCAUCUUGACUACACUCUGAUGUUGUUUAGUAUUCUGUUUUUCAUCUGAGAAAUAGCUGAGGGCAUGGACAGUCCCCUAGUAAAUUAGCAUCUGUGACCACCCUUGGGGCCAUCAAAAGCAGAUUUGGGGACCAGAAGAAAAAAAAUCAAGCCCUUUCCCAUUUAAGGUUGCCAGAGUCUUUUCAGGUGCCAAUACAAGCCAGCUCAAAUAUGGUUAGAACAUUUGGGGCAGACCUUAAAAAAAGCCAACCUCUAGACUUAUGAGAGAAUUAUCUCUCAUGACAAUUCUGGGCUUUUGAGAGAUCAGAGACCUUACAAUAUCCGAGAACUGAUGAGAGAUUUGAGAGAGGCUUUAUACAGGUUUGCCUCACAUCUUAUUAUGUCGUUCAUCUGGGCAUGAGAAGCUGAUAGGAAGAAAAAGCAUCAGCUGCCCUCACAACAGAUGGAUCCCCGCAGCAUUUGGUAUUAAUUUAAAUAAAAUUUUGUUGCAUAUGAAGUGGUCUGGGGGAUCAGUCACUUGUGAAUGUAGCUGGAUCCCACUGUACCUAUUUACACUAAAUCCUAAAAUGUGUUACUUGGGUCUGCACUGCCCUAAAGCACUUUGUACUUUGGUCUCAGUCUCAUUGGGCCCCAAGAAUUUGUACCAGCUUUCUUUCCAUAGCCCAACCUAGCCACUAAAAGGGACAGAGAUUGUUUGAAGAAGAAGAAAACUAAGGAAUCGCCUUGGUUCCUGGUGUUCAGACACCUGUAAUGUCCCUCCACAAACUGUGAACUUCUAUUUGAAAUCUAAAGAAAACAAAGCAGUAAAUCCUUAAAUCCUAUAUGGUCCAUCUGUUGUGGGGUUGUGCAAUUUCAGACUAGGAACAUGCCGAAAGUUGAAGUUAAACAUGGAGAUGCACCAUACUUCGGCAUUUGGAAUGGGAUCGUCUAUGUCUGAAAAACCUCAGUUGACUGAGUUUAGGUCUAGGCUGCAGUGGGCUUUACUUGUUACUUAUGCUAAAAUUAUCCAAAAUUAUCCUAUUGGUCUAUCCCUAUCUCCUCAACCACAGACAGAUGUACAAGAAAUGAGGGCACUAUUGGUCACUUAAACUAUUCAAUUCUCCCUCUUAGACCUCACUUACUCUUUCCUGCUAAGCAUUAUUGUUAUUUUUGCCACUCCCAAGCAGUGAAAAAAUUACUUUUGCAAAUGAGGCAUGAAUAACUGUUAUCAGAGAUUGGUUCACUAGAAAAAAUUGUGUCCUAGGGUUCAAGGCUGUUCUUGAACCCUUGAACCUGUUUCUUUAAUUUUCUUUGUGGGGUGGACUGGAUUGGGGGGAGAGAGAAAUGCUAUAGUCCUCGUAGUAUUGUAUUUUCCAUUUGAGAGGAAGGAAUUUAAAAGUGCAAAGCAGGGAAGACUACAACACUCAUGAUGUCCUAGAGGAGGCUCCAAAUUGCCAUUUCCAGCUAAAAACAGUAAACCUUGUCUGUUGUUACUUACCUCCUCUGUUUUUACAAAGGUAAAAUUUUUCUACUUGGAAAUGAGGAUUAUGUUUUUCUCAUGUAACUGCCAUGGCAAUGUUCUGUGGAAUUCUGAGGCCCAAACUCUCUCCAGCCAAUAAUUGUAAACGUCCCUUUCUAAACUGCAAAUCCCAGAGUGUUGCCAUAUUACAUAUCACAAAGGCUCAGGAUUCACCCUGCAUUGUGGCAAAUCCAUGGGCUCCCGGCAGGGUAAGGGGAAAGCCAUGCCCCAUGCCUUGCAUGGUGCGACUUGCUUUCCCCUCAUCACAUGAGAGGAAGCGCUACUGCCCGGCUUCCCCCCAUUGCUGGUAAGGCAACAUGAGAAGGCUCCCAUGUUGCUACGGAGGCGGGAAGCACUGCUUCCUCUCCUCUUUCGGCAUAGAGCCUGGUCGGAAGGCCCUGUGCAUCGUCUAAUGGGCUCCAUGCAGUAAGUGGAUAACAAGCAGUGUACGAUGGGCAAAUCAGCCUGUGUAAUGAGGUCGCUAAACAGUGCAAUGUGAUAGGACCCCCAGGAAAACUUCUGAGGGUUCUUUUUGUAAUGAUACAAUGAAUUUUCAAUGAUACAAUGGUUGAGAAGUUCAGAGCUAGGAGCAAUGGCCCAUAUCUACAUUGACUACUUAGUUAUAUCUGCAGUCUGACACAUACACGCCUUUUUCAUCACCAAGAGAGGGGGGUACAUUCUGUUGGUGAUGGGAUACAGGGAAAUUAUGUUUCCAUAACACUACCGAAAGGAAAUGAGGGUUUGACAUUGCAGAAGGAGUCCAGCUUCUGAUUGCUGCAGGAGGAGGGCAUCCUCCUCCUGCACUUCAAUCACCAACUGAAUAGAUCUCAGACUCUUGGUUCAUUUAAUGCCUGGUAAAGUAGAUUUGGUAGGGCAUUUAUAAUCAUGGCAUUAGUACCGCAAUCAUGACUACAUAGUGCUAUUGAAUAUAGAGCAGUUAUGGAUAUGUAACUCUAGGUUACAAAUCCGUAACUAUAAUAUAGAAUGUCAGCCAUUGCUUCUAAGAAGAAUGGAUAUAAUCUCAUGCUGAAGUGAACCAUAGCUCAACAGUGAAGGGAUGAUGCUCUGCAACCCGGGGCAUCGUGCUUCCAAAGUUUCAUGAUUUCAUCACAUCAUUAUAGCAUUUCCAAAUUUGGGGUGGGGUGGAGCUUCGCUCACUUGUCAUACGUUUGGAUGUUUCCCAUUUCCAACACAAAUGGUAUCCUACAAAUACAAACUUGGAUUUCGCAGAAAAGACUACCUUAAAAUCAUAUUCCUGCCAUUCUAGUCUGACAUGUAUACUGGGUAUAUUUGAUGCAAAAAUUAUUCAGAUUUGUAAUAACUGCACUUUCCAUCUGAAAUAUUUCAUCCAGGACUUUUCCUCAUCUUUUUCAAUGUGCUGUAUUACUAAUUAGUCAAAUGCUUGAUUAAAAAGCACAGCAGGAAUCUAUUUUCCAAACUAUGGCUUUGUAUAUAUUCCUAGCUGUGUGUGGAUUCAGCGUGUGCCUUUCGUGUAACCCUGUGUAGCCAGUGUCAGUAUGAGUCCUGGUAAAUUGCUGUCAUUUGUGCAUUCAUCCAAUUAUCCUCAUGUUUGUAUAUGUCUUUCAGCCCUGAGAUAGUCAGCAUUUGGAUAGAGGUGGUUUUGCUGUACUCUGAACCAAACUCUGCACCAACUAUUGAGUGUGUGCAGAAAUUCAUGAAACUAGCAAUAUGUCUAUUCACAAAGUGGUAAGAAUCUGUGAUUCAAGUCAUACUUUCUCUUCAGCAUCUGGGUUUAAUUAAGGAGAGUGCUUGGUAUGAAUUUUCCAAAUACAGAACUAUGAAUAUAUAAAUGAAUCAGAAGGCUCACAUAGGUCAAAAUCCAUGUUUAUUAGAAUCUUGCAUUUUCACUUAUUGUAUAUAAAUGCACAUAGAAUGUUUAUAUUAAAGAAAAGGUUACUCAUAAGUAUUAUUUCUCAUAAAAUACAGACAAAAAUAUAUAAGGAAAAUUGUAUUCAUAACAUUGAACACACUUGGGAAAUUGCAGACAAAUAUUAACAUAUUAAGGAAAUGCAAGCAGCUGAGUUUUAGGGGAUGAAUCUGGCUAUGCUUGCCAACUAAUGUAGAUAACAACCAAAUACAAAUAUGCACAUGGGGAAGUGAAAAGUCAAUUGAAACAAAUGGAUGGAUUGAACCAUCGCUAAACAGUAUGAUUGGCAUUUUGAUAUGGAAAGUAAUUACCAAUGCACAAACACCUAGAACAGCCAAACUGUGCCAAAUGCUUGUGAUAAUUGCUUUGAUUUUACUCUUAAAGUUACAUUCUAGAUACAGUUUUAGGGGAAUGUGGUUCUCAAGUGGUGAAAGGUAUCUUUGUUUGUUGUGGCACAUGUUUUCCAACACCUGCAUUAAACAUACUUUGUUUUGUGAUUGGUAAUUAAGAAGGCAAAAUCGGAAGAUGAUUGGAAGACUUGAUUUGCAAGUCUGAUUGCUGAGACAUAUUUCUACUGCUGCUGUCGCUGCAACUGUUGGUCCCACAUUAGAAAAUCAUUGAUAACAUUGUUAUUAUCUUUUCCCCACAACAGUGAAAUUAUUUGAUAACCAGGGAGGUCUUUCUGAACAAUGGCAGUGAUCCCAAUCCUGUCCCCUUUUUAAAAUCUAUAGAUGAGGCAGAGAAGAAAUACACUGAAACAUCAUUUAAUCUACUGAUCCAAGAGUACUGGCCAGGAACCAAAGCUGAGGAGAAGUAAUUUUUAAUUACAGCACCCAUAAUCCCCAGUCAGCAAGACCGAUGAGUAAGCUAACGGACAGAUGCUGAAAACCGUAGUCUAAAAAAGUAACUUUCUAAGAUCUACUCUAAACCAGAACAGUCUCAAAGCCUUGCUUGCAGCAGUUACAUUCUCUGGUCAUAGGAAUUGCUCUUCCCUCCUUUGAACUCAUAAGAGUUUAACCAAAUCUGGUUGGCUGACUGGCUGUCUAUUUGAGGAGAUAUGUGAACUGGCCCCAAUCUUCCUAGUGUAUUGUUCUCUUUCUCAUAAAAAAAAAGACAAAAUAAUCAAGAUUUUUCAAUCUCGCCAAAAAAAUCUUGCUUUUUUAUAAUAAGGCAGAUUUUCCAUCUUUUUUCUAACAUAUCACCUUACAAAACGUACCAUGUCUACGUAUUGUAUCUCUAACCUCAAUGUCCACCAAAUUUAUGCAUUAAAUAUAUAUAUAUUACAUUAAAUCUAUCUCCUAUAUAUCUUUUACCUUACAGCAUUUAUCCCUCCUUGUCUUUAAGUUUAAUUUCUUUUUAAUAAAUUAGACCUUCCACCUUGAAAAAACAAAUAGCAUGACUAUUUUAAGGCAAAUAUAUCCAGUCCUUUGUCAUUAUCACCUAUAAACAUUUAUAUUUGACAUCGAGGUUUCUACCAUGUCUCAAACACUGUAAAAACUGGACAUAACUCAUUCAAAGUAAAUAAGCAUCAUCCCAAACACAUAGAUCUGUGGUUCUCAACCUGUGGAUCUGUUUUGGCCUUCAACUCCCAGAAAUACUAACAGCUGGCAAACUGGCUGGGAUUAGUGGGAGUUGUAAGCCAAAGCACCUGGAGAACCACAGGUUGAAAACUACUAACAGAUCAUCUUAACUUCAGAUGUUUUGUUUACAUCCCCAUAAGUCAUCUAGGCAAAUCAUUCCCCUUCUCAUUUCACAAUUCCCAUAGAACAGAGCCGACAUUAUUAUGUAGUUCACUCCAAGUUGUGGAGAGAGGCAGGUACACACAUGAGAUAAAAAAGAAUAUCCCAAACAAUGUGCUUUUUUUAAAAAAAAAGAAAAAAAGAAGAAGGAACAGGAAAGUUCCUUGACAUCCAAGUGCAGUGAGAAAGUAACAACUUUUCUUUCUUGAGAGAAGAACUAAGAACAAUGAUUGCAAAUGUGCUUUUCUACAAGCAAGGGUAAAACUGCAAGUAAUAAUAUGCAUUUUUAUUAAAUUCGUGUUUUGCACUUUUAAACAUUUCUUUUAUUGCUUUGCAGACAAAACGUGCAACAGAUUUGCAGAAGUUUACUGUGAUUUAGAAAUGUCUACUUGUUGAGAGAAUAUCUCAACAGUUGGAAGUUGAACUGCUUUAACAUCUUUGAGCAUAAUUUAUUAUUUAAAUGAGUUGAACAACAUAGGAAGAAGGCAGAAUUUUUCAAUGUAUUUUGUAUAUUUAUCAUGAAAGAUUCCAAAAAAUGGGUGGCCAUUCCCUCAUUUCAUUACAUUUGCAGCUCUUAAAAUGAUUGCAAAAGUACAUAAGGUGCACUAUAGCAGUCUUUCCCAAGCAGAUGCCCUCCAGAUGGAGGAAUUUAGCAUCCUAGGAUGCUUUCACCCCAUGGAUGGAGACCCAUGCUGGCUAUCACAUGGCAUCAGGCGACUUUCAGUGGAGGCCCUGCCCCCAACCGGGUUAAAAGCAUCAUUCGAGAAUCUCCCCACAACACGGAAGGCUUCCCAUAUUGUGCUGGCUCCAAUGGGACCAGCACGGAUCCUCUUCAGGAGGGCAACGCUCCUCCCGUGUGAUGGGAAAAGCAUUGUCGAGAGGGAGCUGUGCCCUGCUACCCCUCUCCUUUUGCUGCAAUACCAGAUGAAGCGGGACACUUUGUCUGGCCUUUGUGAUGAAGCCCCUAAUGUAUUUAAUUGUUAGUCUGUUGGAGUGAAGUCAUUAGUUCUAGUUGCAGAUGCCAAGUGGGUAUAGUGGCACCAGUCAUUAAGCCAUUCUCCUCCAAGCAACCAGUAUUCUAUGCCCUAACCUGCUACCCUCCACAAGGUGGGAAAUACUGUCACAUCACCUGUGUGGAUAUAGAACUAAUCUAGCUGGCUUUUGUGAGCAGAACAGAGGGCUUGGUGAUGAUUCCAUUGAUCCAGUACACUGAUACGGUAGAUUUCUUCAGUGCAAGAACAAAGUAAGGUUCAGUCAGUAGACCUUUUCAGGGUUGAAAUGAUGAGGAGCCACUCAUAUAGCCAACCAUCAAACCCAAAGCAUGGUCCCACCAUUGCUAUUAGCAGUGGCAGAGUUACACAUGAAGAAUAGCUACAAGGUGAUGAUAGCUCUGCAACAGGGCCAGAGUGAGCAGCCAUCUCAAGCAGCUGAUUCGGAAUACCAUCCUUGCAAGUCAUUCUAUAAUUCAGUGUUUUGUUUUAUUUCUUCUUUGGUACUAGUAUUGUUGUGGGGAAGAGUACUUUAGGAUUUUCCUCUGUAGGAUCCCAGAUAUGUUGGCUACAUAUGGAUACAAUCUGCGCCUCGAUUUAGUGGAAACAACGCACCAUUUCCUACAUUUUCCUGGGCAGGAAGAUGUCUUAGGCAAGACCAGCAAUUCAAGAGGAAGUGGUAGGAUCGGGAUAUCAAGCAGUUACAUAAGCAGCACAUCAGAGACUUUAAUCCAAGUAAGCGAUAAAAUAUUAUUUUGUGUAUACAUGAUGAUGUAGAUAUAUUAUGAACAUUGUGAAAGACUAAAUGAAUGUAAACUUUACAAAAGUUAAUCAAAUACCACCACAGUCAGUUUUUAGGCUUUUAUUUUCAUAGUGUGGGACCAUUCAAUACUUCAAAUAUAUAUCAGAUAUCUUAAGCUUAGGAAGAAUGCAGUUAAUUGUUUAUCUAACUCUCCAAACUGAGUUGAUCAAAUAAAAUGUGCAAUUCGUCAAUGUAUCUUAUACGUCUACUAUUUAAACAGGGUAGUCGUGUGGCUAUUAUUUAUUAAAAGAUAUAUAUUUUUGUCUGUGUCAAAGUCUAUUUAACAAAUGAUCCAAGCCAAAUAAGAAUCCUACUGUUGAUGUAUACAUGUUCUCUCUGCAUGUGUAAUGUAUUAAAUGGUGCCCAAGAAAUUCAGGAAAAAAGGUUAAAUGUCCACUUUUGGCUUCGUUUUUGUCCAGCUAUUAAAAAUAUACAUUUAUUUUAUUAUUAAA